UCCAACACGUUACAUUCCCUGCCCUUAAGAAGCACACAAUCUAAGGCAGGGCUUGAAAUUUCCACUCUCCUGCUCGCCAAUGGCGAGUGGAAAUUAUGGUGGGGGCGAGUGUGUGUCCCAGGGCCGUCUUGCUGAGCAGGCUUGGAGCUCAGGCCGGAUCUGUCAUUGGCACUGGGAGCCGUCAGACUGCUCAAUAGCUGAGCGCAGUGAAAGCAAAGCAAGGAGUGUGUGCUGUGCUCUCUGCCUCCCCCUAGAGUGCAGUACCCCGAUCUGUGAGUUA